AUGGACCAUCCAGAGUUUUCAAAAGGGCUUGAAAAGGAGAACCAAUUAAGUCUCAUCGAACGCUCAUCUUUGAAGCCCCUGUAUAUCAGCACAAUUUCCAUUGACGGUGACAACAAAGCAAAUCCCUUGUCUGAUGCAGUGUACAAAUCAGUUUUGGACCCUGUACUUUCACAGCCUUUGCAGACGCUAGAUCAAUCGCUGAAGAACUUUUCAGAGAUCAAGAGGAAGCUUAUUCACACCGGGCUAUUCAGAGAUGUCAAAGUAUCAUUGGACAAAGAGACGUCUGGAUUGGGUUUGAAGAAUCUGCCCGAGGAAGCCAUUCGAGACUACAGUUUAGAGAGUCCGAUUUCAACUGUAGCCAGAAUCCAAUUAACUCCAAUGCAAUUCAAUAACAUGAGUGUAACCUCCACCACAAGCGACUCGCUAUCUGCUUUUGGAGGGCGCUAUUCGUUCAUCAACUCUCUAGGAAGGGCAGAAGUAUUAACACUUCAAAGCGAACUCAAGUUUACUCCUUUCCAAGGAAAAGUGGACGAGAAAACCUUUGAAGCUAAACUGAUGGCGCCCCUUCAGAAAAACCCUUCACUCAAAGCUGUAAUUGACGCUAAUUUCGCCAAAGUCGACCUACGCAACAAAAACUUUGUCGAACCUGAAAACAGAACUCAGCAAAAUCAAGGAUCCCUCCAUAUCGGUGUCCAAAAGCAUUGGUUUAAUAGCAAGAUUAAGUCGACGCCUGUGCUUUACAACGGUCUGUCCAUUGUGGCAAGAAAUUUAAAGGAUCCAAACUCUUCAGCAAACCUUGAAUCACCUCUGACCAAGAACAGCAUAGUGUCGCACUUUUUGUUUGAUAACAGGAAAUUUUUCGGGCUUUUCCCAGCUUCUGGGGUAAAAUUCUCCGUAAACAACGAAUAUGUUAUUUCUCAAGAUUUGACAAAGCACACUAAGACCACGGGUGGCCGCGAAGAAAGCUUUGAUAAGCUUGCGCUAGCUGUAGAAGCCCAACGUCCUUUUUUCAAGAAUAAAGUGGUCAACUCACUGGAUUUCGCAUGCGGAGGUAUUUUCCCCACAGCUGAGUCGUCUGGUCUAGUGCACCACAUGGACAAGUUUUACCUGGGAGGUCUUGCGAGUCUUAAGGGAUUUGAGAGGAAUUCGGUUGGUCAAUACGGCGGUAACUAUUUCUACAAGCUGCGCGUGGCUUCAUCUUUUAAGCUACCGAACACGCCAGCCGACUCACCUCUGAGACUUCAGUUCUUUUUGAACGGUGGUGACGUUUCAAAUGGAAUGUCGACAAAGAAUCUCUCGUACGCCGCAAGCUCAGGUGUGUCCUUGCUCUAUAAGAGCUCUUUGGCCAACAUGGACUUGACUUAUGCUCUUCCCAUUACCAACAGGAGUCAAGACAUCGCCAAACCCGGAUUUUCUUUUGGGGUUUCUCUAUCGGUCUACUGA